AACGUUUACUUGCUAUAUCCAUGAAAUUUAUUGCAACCUUCAACUAAGCAGCGCGAUGCCCUAAACCCAGAGAAUUCAUCAGAAAAGCUGAAGGGAUUUUUAAAAAAGUCUUUUACCAAGUGCGCUAGAUUCAUGAAAACAGAAAGUAUGUGAACCUGGAGGCUAUUUUCCUCCUUUGGAGCUUCAAAGGGUCACAUUCUGAACCACCGAUUUUAGCUUUUAAUCAAAUCUUGGGGACUAACAAACACAAAUAGGAGUCCAACCGCGAGAGACGCCGGCCUGAGGGCGGUGGAUUGGGCGCUCCACCAAUCACAGGGCAGCACCGGCUUAUAUAAACUCCGGGCCCGAGUAAGAAAGCAUUGGAAAACUUGCGCUUUGGAUUUUAAACUCUUUUCCUCUAGCAGUUACUCCUUUCGCCAUGUCGGAAACCGCUCCUGCUGAGACGGCUACUCCGGCCCCAGUGGAAAAAUCUCCUGCCAAAAAGAAGACAACUAAGAAGUCGGCUGGCGGUGGUGUGGCCAAGCGUAAGGCUACCGGGCCUCCAGUCUCUGAGCUGAUCACUAAGGCUGUGGCUGCCUCUAAGGAGCGCAAUGGUCUCUCUUUGGCUGCACUCAAGAAGGCUCUGGCAGCUGGGGGAUACGAUGUCGAGAAGAACAACAGCCGUAUUAAACUGGGCCUCAAGAGCCUGGUGAGCAAGGGUACACUAGUGCAGACCAAGGGCACCGGCGCUUCCGGCUCUUUCAAGCUGAACAAGAAGGCGGCCUCUGGGGAAACUAAGCCCAAGGCUAAGAAGGCGGGCGUCGCUAAGGCUAAGAAGCCGGCAGGAAUCACUCCGAGAAAGCCUAAGAAGGCUGCGGGAGCCAAGAAAGCUGUGAAGAAGACUCCCAAAAAAGCUAAGAAGCCUGCUGCGACUGGUGUCAAAAAGGUAACCAAGAGUCCUAAGAAGGCGAAAGGAGCGGCAAAACCAAAGAAGGCUGCCAAGAGCCCCGCAAAGCCGAAGGCAGUGAAGCCCAAAGCUGCCAAGCCCAAGGCCACUAAACCUAAGGCAGCGAAACCCAAAGCUGCAAAAGCGAAGAAGGCGGCUCCGAAAAAGAAGUAAGCUGCUUUUUAAUGAGAAGGCAACAAACCCCAAAGGCUCUUUUCAGAGCCACUCAGGUCUUUGGAAAAUGGCUGUGCACGAACCUGCUUAC